GCGAUGCAACAAAGGAGAAUGAUUACACUGAGUUGAAUGGGAUUUUAGAGACUCCUGAUGAUCAGAAGCACUGUUUUUCAGAGACUAACAAUGAAAUAAAGGAGAGAAAGAAAACUAAUUUCUCUCCUCAGAAAGACACAGCUGUGCAGACAGAGUUUGCAAUCACUGAUUUUCCCACCGAUUCUGAAAUUUCCCCUACGCCAGCUGGGGAAGGAAGAAUGGACUGUGCCUCUCCAGAUGUUGCUGUAGAAUAUAUAAUGGACCUCAGCAAUAAAAGAAGCAAGAAAGAAGCACAAUAUCUAGAUAAAAGGAUUUCAGAAAAAGAGAAUAUUAUCAGCUGUUGCAGUCGCUAUGAACAGUGUUCCCCAAAGCAGAAGCAUCCCAAGGCAGUGGGGAAAAAUGGGAAAAAGAUGGACUGGAACAUAAACAAACCUUGCAAAAAAUACAUUCCGGCCUCUGAGAAAUAUCCCAGACUCCAGCAAAAGCAGAGGGAAGAAAAGAAAGCACACCGACAAAUGGCACUGCUUCAGUUGGUUGAAAGAAACAGCCCUGGUAAUCUUUGCAAGAAAAAAAGUGUUUCUCCAGAUAGAGCCCUCUCGCCUCACCAGGAAGAUGAGAUCAAAAGUAAAGAAGAACAAUUCUCAAAAAAAUUAUUUGACCAAAGAUCUGACUCUCCACCUGUUCCAGCAGUUAAAAACAGAUUACAGCAACAACUAAAGACCUCUGAUUUCCCAGUUCAUAACAGCAAAAAUGGAAGCCCAAAGAGUAUUUCUACAGAUCAGCAUCGGAAUGAAAGGCCUCUUCCAACUGCUGAAGCUGAAAGGCCGCCUUCAUCUCAUUUUGUUCCUUAUGUGCGAACAAAUGAAAUAUAUUACCUUGAUCCAGAUGCACCCUUGACUAGGCCCUCCACGCAUGAGCCACAAUACCAAGAGCUGAACGAUACUUACCAUAAACCACGGCAGAUUUUUAGCUCUGAUCACAUAAGGGAUCCUCUUUUUAAUCCUAAUAUGGUGAGAGACAGGCAGCAAGCCAUACUCAAAGGACUUUCAGAGCUGCGAGAGGGGCUCCUCCAGAAGCAGAAAGAACUGGAGACAUGCCUUAUUCCAAGUCUUAUGUCUCAAGAAGAAAACUUUACUUUACCGCUUUAAGAAUUUCAGCUACAAUGAAUGGAUGUUUUGCUGUGUUGGCACUUUAUACUGUAAUUAUGAACCAAGUUUGUAGAAUAUGGACUUUUGUAUAUUUAGGAUAAACUUUCAGUAAUGAAGAAUUUUAUUUCACAUGAAAUGGUAUAAUAAUGUGACUUGUUUACACAAUAUUUGUACACCUAAUUUAAAUUUUAUGUGGGUAUUUAGCAUGAGAAAUAAAAUACUUGAAUUUCCUGGCUA